ACGUUUGGGGCUUUUAAAAUUAUAUUUGAUGUGAUAGAAUUUAGCCAACACAUUGCAUCAAAGCUUCCGUUUCCCAACAUACAUUUUAGUGUAGCCUGUCCUGAAGUGCAUUAGCUGCAUUUUAGAAUGUGGUUUCAAAAUUCUGUACAAAUGUGUCUGCCACACUUCAAAGCAUUGCAUAAAAAAUGUAUUAACUGCAUAAAUGUUUGCAGGCCCAAUUGUUUCCAAUGCCAAUAUCAAACAAAAUGUCAUGGCCCUACAAAAGCUGUAGCCUAAAUUGCAUUUACAUAUCAGUCUUUCUCCGGCCAGUCUCUAAGAAUAUGACCACCAUACCAUGGACACACAACGGAUCACUCAUCAUGCUCUCCAAAUGGACACAUUUAACAGGGAAGGUAACUAUGGCAACAUUAUGCCUCUCCUGACCGCCCUUGAUAAUGCCUGUGUGACUUGUGAGCAGCUGCAAGGCACAGAUAUCGUCAGGGUCCUUUACAGACUCCUCAAUACCUGCUCAGACCAUUCAGUGAAAGAAAACUGCCAAGCACCUGUUGUCAAAAUAGAAGAAACUCUACAGCCACCCCUAGCACUUCUGAAAGGAGAUGGGAAGCAAAGAAGAAUUCACUGUCGUUGGAGAGAGUAUGCUGGCUGAUAAAGCGUGUCUGGCAGGCAGAGGGGGCCUAGCUGCUGGUGAUGCUAGUAAACCAGUGGAGUUGGGUGCGUCUUGUGAACAUGUGGUUUUCCAUACUGGGUCCGAGGACAGAACACUCACAAAUGGGACCAAGUGUGGGAGAGCUAAGGGAGAAUGGGUGACAUCAUGGCAGGCAGCUGGUGAUUUGUCAAUUUUGCCCACCCUCUCAAAGCAGUCAGAAACUCCUGCCACCACUUCCCUGGGUAACCCUCCCCCUGUAAGGAUUCCUCUGAGUUGGCUUUGAGGACAAAGUGCAUCCAGCUCCUCCUUGGUGCCCUCAAUCCAGAAACUUCCAAGGAGGCAGAGGGGAGUAGGACUGCAGAGGGGAGGAGGACUGCACAUCCACCUCUAUGACGCGGAUGUGCAGCCCGCGUCUUAGAGGUGCACAUCAAUGCACUGCACCGUGCAAACGAGACCAAAUACAAGGCCUGCAUCAGGGGUAAGGUGGCCAACGUAAUGAACCCCAAAAACGGCCACCUUCGGUGUGGUUUCCUGGGUGGCAGCCUGGGGCCCUAAGUCUUCGCCGGGAUGUCUGUGGAGGAGAUGGCCAAUGAGGAGCUCCAGUGGCUAAGGGAGGAGUACUCGUCGCGGGGGGUGAGCGAGAUGCAGCUCCACCAGGACCUGGAGGGGACACCCACCCAGAAGCUGCGGUGCGAGGGGUCGGACUGCAGGGUGACGCGGGUGUCCCGAGGCACGCUGUUUCUGCCGGCGUGGUUUCACCAGGCCACUGCAGACCAGGAUGCCAUGACCUUUGUGACCUGUAGCAGGUGUGGGGAGCAGUGGUACCACAGCGGCUGGGUGUAAAAUGCUUGCUUUGUUUUUGUCGAGAUCCUGCUGAUACGUCUUCACCCUAUCAAACUGAAUAAUGUCAUGUUUUAAUGACAGAAAUUAAGAAUUACAUUUAAAUCAAAUCAAAUUGUAUUUGUCACAUACACAUGGUUAGCAGAUGUUAAUGCGAGUGUAGCGAAAUGCUUGUGCUUCUAGUUCCGACAAUGCAGUAAUAACCAACAAGUAAUCUAACUAACAAUUCCAAAACUACUGUCUUAUACACACAAGUGUAAAGGGAUAAAGAAUAUGUACAUAAAGAUAUAUGAAUGAGUGAUGGUACAGAGCAGCAUAGGCAAGAUACAGUAGAUGGUAUCGAGUACAGUAUAUACAUAUGAGAUGAGUAUGUAAACAAAGUGGCAUAGUUAAAGUGGCCAGUGAUACAUGUAUUACAUAAAAAUGCAGUAGGUGAUAUAGAGUACAGUAUAUACGUAUACAUAUGAGAUUAAUAAUGUAGGGUAUGUAAACAUUAUAUUAGGUAGCAUUGUUUAAAGUGGCUAGUGAUAUAUUUUACAUCAUUUCCCAUCAAUUCCCAUUAUUAAAGUGGCUGGAGUUGAGUCAGUGUGUUGGCAGCAG